ACCGCGCCUGCGCGCUGCGGCGCCCCCUGCCAGCGCGCGCGCCGGGCCCGCGGGGCUCUUAAAGGCGCCGCGUCCCGGUACCGAUCCCGGCCGCCGGUACCGGCAUGGAGGCGGCGGCGACGGCGGCUGCCCCGGGCUGGCGCUGCCGGCCGGGGGGACGGCUGGACAUGAGCCACGGCUUCGUGCGGCACAUCCGCCGCAACCAGCUCGCCAGGGACGCGUACGACCGCGCGGUGCGGCAGGCGCGGGGCCGAGCGCGGACGCGGCUGACCCCGGGCCCGGCGCGGCCCCGGCGGCCCGACCAGCAGGUGUACCGGCCCCACCGGGGCGGCGGCGGGCCCGGGGGCGAUGCCAGCGCGGGGCCGCCCACCGAGAGCCGCGGGGCCCCCCCGGAGCCGGUCCGCGGGCCGCGCCUCUUCUGCCUCGAGUACGAGGGGGACGACGGGCGGGUGACGGCCGUGAUCGUGCACCAGGGGGACAGCGCCGAGGAGGUGACCCGCCGGGUGUGCGCCCGGAGCCCGCUGGAGCCCCCCCUGCGCAGGGCCCUCUGCCAGCGCGUGCAGGAUGAGCUCAGCAAGCGCCGGGGCACCGGGUGACACUGCCACAGCCCCCCGGACACUGCCACCCCCCCAUGGGAUUGGUGCCACCGCGGGGACCAGUGCCACCGCGGGGACCGCUGCCGUCCCCACCCCGGUGUCAAUAAAGGUGCUGCGAGGC